AUGGGUUCGUGCGGCGGUAGCGUCAACUCCAACCAAAUUACUGCACCAGCCCGUCCAAACGCCACUUUUUCACAGGUAGGUGAUCAUCGGGAAGGAAGCACCAGCAAUCUUCAUAAUCAGGACACUGUUAAUCCCACCGGGACCCCAUCAAAUAUUCUAAAGCAGACAGAAUUCAGUGAUCUCCCUCGAGAAACCCUCUUCAAUAUUUUCUCCAGGCUUCCUAUCAAACUUCUCUGCCGAUCCAAGUGCGUCUCCAAAGACUGGCUGGACACCAUUCAAAAGCCUCUUUUCCAGGAGAUGCAUUUGGAACGAGCGACGAAGAACCCUCGUCUUGUUGUUCUCGACCAAUCCGACGACGUCUUCGACGGAGACAAUGAUCUCCAAGUCGUCCGUUACCUCGCCGACGCCCUCUAUGUGCAUUUUUAUUUAAGGCUCCGGGACAUAACCAGAGGUUACAUCCACAUGUUGCCGUCGUGGUUUGGCUUGGUUUGCUUUUAUUACCGUGGAGUAUUCCUGGUCGUAAACCCCACCAGUGGCCAAUUCCUUAGAGUCCAGGAAGGAAACCACUGCAUCAGCGAUGAACUCCAAGCCGCCUUCGGCUACAUCCCCGAAACUGAUGAGUAUAAACUGAUUCACCUCUUCGUUCGUUGCCCAGAUGAGAAGAAGACAGAUAUCCAUUGCGAAAUCCUCACCAUCACCCAACACUGCGGGCCACACAUAAACCAGCAGUCAUGGCGUCAGAUUGACGCCACGUGUCCUUUCUUGCUAUGCGCUAACGGCGUCCUGGUCAACAGUAAGUCUUACUGGCUUGUUUGGAGCAGAUCGGAGCAUCCCGAUAACUCUGAUGAACUUAUCGCGUAUCUGGAUCUGGAAACUGAGACGUUCGGGUUUAUUACUCAUCCUGCUCCGACCUCGUACACUGAAGGCAACGUCCAGCAAUUGAUGAAGUUUGAUGGGCUUCUGUGUUUGGUGGACAGAUUUGAAGAGCCGUGUAAGGCGGAUUUCUGGGUGUUGAAGGAUCCGGUGGAGAUUGUCUGGGAGAUGAAGUACAGCAUGGACUUGGAAAUGCUUGAAGGGUUUGACGAUGAGUUGACUGAGAUAAAACCAUUGGGUUUUUUGAAAGGGGAGAUUGUGAUUAACUCUGGACAAGAGAGACUAUUUUACUGGAAUGUGGAGACUGGAGAGUUUCGAGGAGGAGAGGACAGGGGGCUGGAGGAGGAUAAUCUGCUCGCGCUCUUUGUUGAGAGCUUCUUUGACCUUGGCAGAUAUCCGCAAAGUCAUAUCUUGUAUGAUUUUCGUUUAAAUUUCAUUUAG